GUCAUGUCACGACUCAUGGACGACGAAAAAUGGAUUGGAGGAAAAUCCGCACGCGAAUUCGAUAAAUUCAUUUUGUGUCUCUGACAGAGCAGUCAUCGUUGGCGCAGGUGUUAUAAUAAACAGUGAAAUAAGUAUUUCAUUCGCUAGCUUAUAGUCGUAUUGUGUAAAACAAUGACUAAGCCUCGUCCGUGUGGUUGCAAAGGCUGCAGAACAUGUUUGGUGUGCGAGACACAAUAUGGAGCUGAAAACUUAAAAUUGCAGCUGGAACUGGAUAAAAGUAAAAGUUAUGUUUAUUGUCCGUUCUGUAACAAAGCGUGGCGGGGCUGGGACGUGGACUCUUAUAAGCAGCACCCUAACCACGAAGGAGAUUCAAUAGACUACCCAGGAGUGUACAUACAGCCGGAUUUCAUCUCGGAAGAAGAAGAACGGGUAUUAAUGAAAAAUAUCGAUGAAAUGCCAUGGGACAUAUCUCAGAGUGGCAGAAGGAAGCAAAAUUUCGGUCCAAAGACUAACUUUAAAAAGAAAAAAGUAGCUGUUGGUAAAUUCGAGGGAUUUCCAGAAUUUUCGAAGUAUUUGCAGGAGAGGUUCGAUAGUAUCAGUUUGUUGAAGAAUUAUUAUGUGAUUGAGCAGUGUUCUUUAGAGUAUGAUCCUAGUAAGGGAGCUUCUAUUGACCCUCAUAUUGAUGACUGUUGGAUAUGGGGGGAAAGAAUUGUCACUGUGAAUUGUUUGUCUGAUUCUGUGCUUACAAUGACAUCAUACAGGGGAGAUACAAAGAAGUACAACUUGUACUGUGCUGAGCAGUAUGGCCCAGUAGUUAAUACUGAUGGUAGUAUCAUAACAGAUGGUAAAAUGGAUCAGUCCAUGUUGGAGUCUUGCAAAUCUGUGCUUGAUGAUGACAUUAUAAUUAGAAUCCCUAUGCCAAGGAGAUCAUUACUCAUCAUUUACGGGGAGCCCAGAUACCACUGGGAACACUGCGUUCUUCGCGAAGACAUCACUUCAAGAAGAGUAUGCAUCGCAUACCGGGAAUUCACACCACCAUACUUAACUGGGGAUCAACAAGAGAUCGGUAACACCAUUAGAGAAAUUGGUAAAACAUUCUUUGAUCACAAAGGUAAAAAGUAUGAAACUGAAAAAGAAGUUACCAAUGUCCAUGAAGGUUUAGUAAACAGUAUAAAAUCUAUUGAAAUGAGUAUAUCACCACUUAUUGAAGUAAACAAAAAGGUAGAAAACCAAAUAGCUUAGACUUGACUAGAGCUCUAUGGAAACUAGUAUUUUUAUACAACUUCUAUAUGAUGGGAACAUUUUUUUAUUUAAUUAGGUAUUUAUUGUUUUAUUUGGUAUUUAAUUAAAAUUGGUAAUUAGUUUGUAAUAGCUGUGUUUAAUGCCACUAGCUACAUACGGUCUUAGAUUUUAGGUUUAUCGCUAGUAUUAAUUUACACACUUUUAAAUUAAAAUUGUAUGAAUUUAUUUAUGUUAAAUGCAGUAAGUAGGUUCACAUAAAAAUAUUGAAUCAUGCGAGAAUUCUUGCUUAAUUUUGUAAAGCACUGGUACUCAGCUGCAUCCGGUUAGACUGGAAGCCGAUCCCAACAUACCUAGUUAGGAAAAGGCGAGGGAGAUGACGAUGAUGAUUUUUCUUUACUGCUAGAAAAUAAGCAGAACUGUGAUUAUUAAAACUUGCAGCCUGCAAUUUAUAUUGCACAAUUAAUUCUGCUACCAUUGUUGCAAAACAUAUUUCAAAGAUUAUAAACAAUCCGGACUCAAAUGCGAUGUUGUGUAUGAAGGUAUGAUACCUUUUACAUUUUGUUUUUUUUCGAAAGCUUAAAAACCUAUAUUUCAAAGAAUUAAUUUUAGUGGUGAUGGAUUUUUUACCAAAUUAUAAGUAUUCUUAUUUUUCAUUUAUUAUCUUUAUUGUGAUUGCUAUUUAAACAUUGCAGAUAUAUACUAAUUAUGUCUUGUUAUUUAUUGAGCAAUAUACUAUUAUUUGGUCUUUAAUUGGAAUUACUUUAUCUACAUACAAUUUAUUCAAGUACCUACUCUAAAUGCAUUACACAGCAGAAUAAUGUGAUUCAAUAUUAUUCUGAAUAUAUUAUCAUAUACUGAGACUUAAAAGAAUUAGAUCCAUGUUACUUUUCCAAGCCACACAGUAAAAAAAAAUAUUUAAUUAAAAACAUUUAAAUUAAUAUACUUAACAGUAACUGUGAAUAAGAAACUAUGGAUUCAUUUAUUGUGUAUUACUAGUACUUAUCUAUAUUAAUAUUAUAAAGCUGAAGAGUUUGUUUGUUUGUUUGUUUUAACGCGCUAAUCUCAGGAACUACUGGUCCGAUUUGAAAAAUUCUUUCAGUGUUAGAUAGCCCAUUAUAGGCUACUUUUUAUCCGUGUUCGUGCAGAGGUUUCCACGGGAUGCGGGUGAAACCGCUGGCAGAAGCUAGUAAAAUUAUAUUCCUGAAGCCUAAGUAGGCGAUUUUGUUCUGAAAUAUGUUACCAAAUUCUAGUUAAAUAUACACUGUGCUUUUUAUAUUAGAUUGUGAAAAGCUAAUUUGAACAUGGAUAUGUGUGAUACUACUGUUAAAACAAAAAAGACUAUUUCAACACUAGAGCAAAAAUAUAGGCCCACAUUACUUUUCACCUAAAUUGCGGCAAAUAAUUUUUAAUUUAACUUACAUGUAAAUUGGCCAAAAAUAAAUCAUGCUCACGCAUGGAAAAUUUGUUCUAUAAAAUUCCCAGUAUUAAAUACACCCAGUGUUAUAUAAGAGUUCCAUUUGUACUUAUUAUUUAAUUCUUAAUUUUUAUUAUAAUCAGCAACUGUAAUCAAGUCAUUAGUUUGCAAUCUAGCAAUAAAAAUUGUUGAUAAGUGUGUAACAAUAGGUACUUCCUUUUAUAAUUAUGUAUGUAUAGUUACGCAAGUAAUUUUUUAGUUAUAUCUAUAUUGUUCAACUGCGUAAAUGUGAUCUUUAUCCAAACUUGCAUUGUUCGUAAAACUUUUAAUUUUUUGCUUGCUGUUUGUUUGGGAUUAGAACCAAUGAAAACAAAAAUAGAAAAUAAACUUAUCAUCGCGAUAAAUGAUCAAAAAAAAAAUUCGUUAUCGUAAUUGACCGCUUAAUUACAUAAUCUGUAUAAAAGAUCCCAGUUUGUAAUACUUUUAUUUUAAUGUUCCUAUAUUUAGGUGUGUUUUGUGGAUGGUAAAAUAGGAUUUUUAAAUAAAUGCCAAAUACUGCAGUCCAA